GGCUCCGGUUAACCUCCGUACGAAUCUCUCCGUUCGCCGGAGCGUACGGUGUAUGGCGAACCCGAGGCGAGUGAAGAUGGUGGCUAAGCAGAUAAUGAGAGAACUCUCCGACAUGCUUCUCACAGACACGGUUUUACAACACGCUGUCUUACCUGAAGCUGCACUUGGAGCUGACCGCUACCUCUCUUCUCUUACCACCAUUAGCGAUGUUGAGGUCUCUAAUGAUUUGCAGGUGGUUAAAGUAUAUGUAUCCGUGUUUGGAGAUGAUAGAGGAAAAGACGUUGCAAUUGCGGGGUUGAAAUCGAAAGCUAAGUACGUUAGGAGUGAGCUUGGGAAGCGAAUGAAGUUGAGAUUGACUCCUGAGGUCAGAUUUAUUGAGGAUGAAGCCAUGGAAAGAGGAAGCAGGGUUAUUGCUAUACUGGACAAAAUAAAAGCUGAGAAAGGAAGUGGUGAUGGCGUAAACGAAGGGCGACCAGAACCAUCUGAUUCAGCAGAUGAUAAUCAAGAUUGGGAAGUGGAUGACCCGGACGAAGACAUAAUCUAUGUAAAUUUUUGGACAAGACUAAGGCGGAAUGGAGAACUGGAGAAGGUGAAUACCGAUGGCAUGGCAGUUCAUUAUGGAGCCUGAAAGCUUCUUUGGUCCAUUACUCAGCUUUCUCCAACAAAUUGUUAUUUUGGAUUAAUCAGUGUAAGGGUUGAUCAUAAGCUCAUGUUUCUGCUUUCAUUGUAAUGUCUUUGUUUGGUGUUAAUGUCAGCUCUCACAAUGACCCAAGUAGAAAUUAACCGAUUCGGUUUCAUAUGUCAAAUCAAUAAUUGCGAAUUUG